GCUGAUGAGACUUCACUCACAGAGAUCUCAUUAUAGGUGACCUGUGAGGAUCUACAAGUUUGAACUUUUUCUCCCAAAAGCAAAAAGAGGACCAUCAAAACAGCAAAAUGCGUGAAUGUAUCUCUAUCCACGUUGGCCAGGCUGGUGUCCAGAUGGGCAACACCUGCUGGGAGCUGUAUUGCUUGGAGCAUGGCAUCCAGCCGGACGGUCACAUGCCCACUGAAAAGCCUACCGGAGGUUAUGAUGACUCCUUCACUACCUUCUUUAGUGAUACCGGCAGCGGGAAGUAUGUUCCCAGAGCCAUCUUUGUGGACCUGGAGCCUACCGUUAUUGACGAGGUUCGUACAGGCACAUACCGCCAGCUUUUCCACCCCGAGCAGCUGAUCUCAGGGAAGGAGGAUGCUGCCAACAACUACGCCCGCGGUCACUACACCGUUGGAAAGGAGCACAUUGACUCUGUACUCGACAGAAUCCGCAAACUGUCUGACCAGUGCACCGGUCUGCAAGGCUUCCUGGUCUUCCAUUCUUUCGGAGGAGGAACCGGUUCUGGCUUCACCUCCUUAUUGAUGGAGCGUCUCUCUGUAGACUUUGGCAAGAAGUCCAAACUGGAGUUUGCAAUCUACCCAGCUCCUCAGGUGUCUACAGCAGUGGUGGAGCCUUACAACUCCAUCCUGACCACCCACACCACCCUAGAGCACUCCGACUGUGCCUUCAUGGUCGACAAUGAGGCCAUCUAUGAUAUCUGCCGCAGGAAUCUGGACAUUGAGCGUCCUUCUUAUACGAAUUUGAAUCGCCUCAUCAGUCAGAUCGUCUCCUCCAUCACUGCCUCCCUCCGCUUCGACGGUGCCUUGAAUGUGGACCUGACAGAGUUCCAGACCAACUUGGUGCCCUACCCUCGUAUCCACUUCCCCCUGGCCACGUACGCCCCAGUUAUCUCUGCAGAGAAGGCCUACCAUGAGCAGCUCACUGUGGCUGAAAUCACCAACUCCUGCUUCGAGCCCGCCAACCAGAUGGUGAAAUGCGACCCUCGUCAUGGCAAGUACAUGGCCUGCUGCCUGCUGUACCGUGGCGACGUGGUGCCCAAAGACGUCAACGUGGCCAUCGGCAACAUCAAAACCAAGCGCUCCAUCCAGUUUGUGGACUGGUGUCCCACAGGCUUCAAGGUGGGCAUCAACUACCAGCCCCCUACAGUGGUUCCUGGAGGAGACCUGGCCAAGGUGCAGAGGGCCGUGUGCAUGCUGAGCAACACCACCGCCAUCGCCGAGGCCUGGGCUCGUCUCGACCACAAGUUUGACCUGAUGUACGCCAAGAGGGCCUUCGUCCACUGGUACGUAGGAGAGGGCAUGGAGGAGGGAGAGUUCUCAGAGGCCAGAGAGGACAUGGCUGCCCUGGAGAAGGAUUACGAAGAGGUUGGCAUCGACUCGUGUGAGGAAGAUGAAGAGGGGGAGGAGUAUUAGAACAAAGGAUGUAACAGAGCUUUUAUUAAAGGGAGGGUAAAGGUCUCUUGGAGCGCAACAUAAUCUCUCCUCAAGUAAUGGUUUUGAUCAAGUACGGCAAGCGUCCCCAGGAAGUUCGGGUGUUAAUGUGCAGUUUAACGACUGGUUGCAAUUAUUCCAAGCUCAAAUCUCAUGGUGUUUGGUUUUAUUGAAAAUAUGACCUCACUGGUGAAGGGAAAUCUGUCUUUACCUUCUUUUCUAAAUAAAAAAAGUUGCACUUC